AUGACUCGCAAGGUUAGUGCUGAGGUUGACUUAGUUCAUCAGCAAACGCAGAAUCAGCGGUAUGGCUCUUCUCAUAUUGGCGCUACUGCAAAGGAUAUUUCUAAUGUCGUCACUGAUGCUGCUUCUGGUGUGGUUGAUAUUUUUCAUGGUAUUGAUAAAGCUGUUGCCGAUACUUGGAACAAUUUCUGGAAAGACGGUAAAGCUGAUGGUAUUGGCUCUAAUUUGUCUAGGAAAUAA